AUGCCGCACAACCACCACGAAUACAGCCAUACAUACCGCCCGAAUUCACACACCUUCUCAGCAGCACCGCCAGGUCUCCGCUCUGGAUAUACCUCAGCACCCCAGUCGGUACCAGUGGUGGUCCGGAAUCCAUCAGCGAGUGGAACCACGGCAGACAGCGGCGAAGAGACAUACGGACGUACUUUACCGGGCGGUUCACAAGCGGGCCUUCUGACAGACAAUCUGUACUAUGCGCCGAUGCCGGUGGGAGGCCAAAACCCAGGCAAUGGGCGUGUGCUGAUGCCGAAACCCACACGAGGCACAAAGCGCGCACACGAAACCGCCGAAGACGAUUCCUCACGGCAACACCGACGCCUCACAACCAAAGAAGAAGUGGCCCUGUUUGAGAUCUGUAACCAACACGCAGACACAUUCGGCAACCGCAGCAACUUAUGUAAAUGGUGGCAAUCUAUCGCUACAGAGUUCCAACGUACCCAUCCGGGCCGGUCCUACUCAUGGCAUUCAGUGCGGCGCAAGGUCGAACGAGUCACUAGCCAACGAAUCAAGUUCAUCGAGGACCAGCGGAACUCGGCGGCAAACACAUCAAGCUCAGCAGCGGAGGAACUGAUGAAUCCCCAAUGGCUCGCAGCCGUCGAUGCCUGGAUCCCCACCUGGCAGCGAUGGGAGGAAGCCGAGAACAGACGGAUCGCAAAACGCGACGAGAUCAAGAAGCGCAAACAACAACAGCCAUGGCGCGAACUGAAAAACGAAGACUGGCGAAAUAUGUCCACACCGUCCGCUCCCAGUCCUGAUGUUUCAAUGCUAAGCAUUUUACCUCCUGCAAACGACGUCCCGGCUAGCCCAUCACCCCCGGCCACAAUCCCACCAGUGUCGUUCCUCGAUUCACCUUCGACCUCUGCAACGGCUUCUACAUCGUUGAAACUACCACCCGGGUUCGAGACUAUGUUUUCAAACCCUGUUCAGCAACCGCCUUCGACUCCACCGGUCCCACCCAACGACGGCCGCAUGGUGUCGGCCGUUCUUGAGACACUGGGAAAAUUGAAUAAGCACCUUGAUGCCGCGUCCGGGGGAAGCGAGCCUAGUCCUGCCACGCCUGUCCUCUCGGCUUUGGUUCAUGCUGCCUCCGAGACGCCGAUGCAGGGUAGGAGGUCUCCUCGAUCGGCGCAGCCGGACCUGCAACCACACCCUACGUAUGGGGAUAUGGAGCGGAUGAAAGAGGAGUUGAGACAAGAGAUGCAGGCUCAGUUCCGACGAGAAUUGGAGAGGAGUCGAGCGGUUAUGGAGGAGAAGCUGGACUCUGUACAGCAGACCCAGGAGAUGAUUCUUGAGAUGUUGAGACAGGAGCCUGGAAGAUAA